ACUGCAAUUCAUCUUCUCCGUCGACGGUGACCCCUGCUUUUUUUCACUUCUUCUGCAAUCAUCUCCAUCUCCAUCUCCAUCUCCAUCGAUUCCUCCAAUUCCUCCAAUUUUUCAAAUGCAAUCCCACGCCAACGGCUUAACCCCCAACACCCACUACUUUAACCCCAUUAUGCUGCUGCAAUUCAUCAUCUUCGUCGAUUCUGCCGCUGCAAUUCAUCAUUCUUACCUAGCUCUUCCUUCUUCGGCUUAACCCGAAAAAAAUUGAACUAUAUAUCACAUGAGCUAUCAUUUUGCAUCACAAAAUUUGAUACGAUUAUGAUGACCGUGAGAAAAACCGGUGACCGCCACCACCAUCACCACCGCUCAGAGUCCUCUGCAAAGCCCAAGACUGAAGCAGCCACUAAAGCCGCUUCUGUAUCUCCAACAACAACUGCCGUAGACAGGAAGCAUAAGGGGAGCGUAUUCUCUCGCAUAUGUUUCCCUGAGAAAGAGGCCAAUAAGAUACGUAAGCUGUCCUCUGAACCUGCAUCUUCUUCUGUUCAUGACAAGGCAGCUUCCAAUGGUUACUACGAUGAACAUAAGUCAUCAUCCUCUGCUGCUGCUGCCAAGGCUGUUCCACCGGUGUAAAGAAGAGCAGUAGUAGUGCGAUAGAUUAUGAGUCUAGCGACGAUGAGCGGCAUUUCAAGAGGAAGCCUUCAAGGUAUGAAUCAUCGCUUCCACCAAUGGCUGAGAGGGAAGAUGAGCCACGGCACUCAAAGGGGUCUAGAGAAUGAGAACGGAGCGGCUAUAGUAAACACAGAUAGAAUGCAGAAUGUUGGCUCUGGUAGUGUAGCUGCACUGCUUGCUUCUACUUUUUCCUUUUCAUUUUUUUUUAUUCUGGCUGCUGGUGCUGCUGGUGCUGCUGCGUUUGCAUCCUUGGUGCAGAUGAAAAAUUGUUGGCAUAUACACAAAAAACCCACUGAUUUUUUGCAGCAAUGACAGGUUUUUUUGCUGCCCCUGUUCAAGUAAUCUUCUUGGGUUUGUUUGUUGAUCACAGUAGUUGGGUUUCACUUCUUUUGUUUUUUUGGUGAACUCUAUGUUAUGAAAUUUUGACAUGAUCUACUUGGAUUAAGGGUAAUUGGAUCUUGAUUUAGCUUUGGAUAUGAUUCAUUAACCUCUUGAUUUUCUGUUGCAAAUGAUGUACUGUUAAAUUCAGAUUCAGUUCACUUGGUUUUGUACAGUUUCCAUUAUAAUCUGAUUGGUGUUUGUUUUUUAUGUUAUUGAAUUUUUAUGAUGAUGGGUUGCUUCCUUGAGUAAAUGGGUAUGGGAAAA